ACUGUCUGCGCUGAAAAUGUUACAAUUUAUGUCACGUGCACUAUAGAUUUUCAUUACAGGCAGUCAAUUUUGGAACAUAGCCAAAUUAAUAUUAUUCUUGUGUCAUGUUGAAUUGUAAAAUUUUUUCAUAGAGUUUCAAACUUACUCGUCGACUGAAAUCAAGAUAUGAAAUGCAGUUCUUUAAAUACGAUGAAUUAAACCAGAAUCUUAAUCAAUUUGAUUACGGAACAAUUUACGAUUGAUAAAAUUGCAAAAGUUUGUAAAACGAAGAAAUAUCAGCAAUGUGGAUUAUUUGUAUGCUAAUUGGACUUUUCCAACUUGUAAUUCUGUUGAUGUUGUCUGGUAUCCUAUUUUCUGUUGCUGCCAUUUCGCGUUUGAUGGAAAUAACGAUUAUCCUGAUAUAUCCUACAGCCAUAUUUUUAUUACGGCAAGCUGCAAAUUUGAUCAUUCUUCUAACAAUCCUGAUGGCAAAAAUGACAUCUUCGGCGUUUCACAAACUAUACAUUCUUGUUAAAUGCGAUCAACAGCAAAAAACGACUCUUCAACAAGAACCUCUCGCUCAUCACAUGGAAACUCCUCAGCUUCAGCUUGACAUAGAAACUCCUUUUGUGCCAUAUAGAAGUAGCAUUCUUGAAGAAAUACCGGAAGAUAUUCGGGGAUAUUCUUUAAAAGAUGAAUAUUUUGCUACAUUAUCAGCAGACGAUCGUAUAAUUGAACCUGCACAAAAUCAAUCAGAGGAUAAUAGCUUGAUGGAAGAAUCAAUUGACAAUAAUUGAAUCAAUCACAAGAAUACUUAAUAUUGAUUGCUGAUAAAAAAAGAUUCACAAUCACAGGAAGAGAAUCAUUUGUACAAAAUAAUUUAUUUUGUUUAUACAACUUAUACUUUGUUAUACGACUUAU